UGUCAGUCAACGCAGUACCGGACACCGAGUCUGACUAAUCCGUGACUGUUUUGUUUGCUCUUGACGUCAAUGUCGUUGAACGUGCGCCCUACUUGUUAUCAUAUUUCUUCCACCAAGUUCUCGAUUGCUGCUUGCCUGACUAAAUUUACACUCACGAUCGAAUCUUACCACACCUUAUCAAUCCUCUCGGUCUGUGCGAAACUUGCUCAGCUCGCCAACUAGCUUAGCUGCAUACGCAAAGGCAUACGAAUCAGAUUCCCAAAUCAUCCACACGCAGAAGCAGCCAUGGCAUCUUUUCCCGCCUUCCUCAAAUCGCAACUCCUCUACACGCCCAAAGUCCCCGAAUCCACAACCUUCACCGGCAAAACGGUUAUAGUAACCGGCGCAAACACCGGGCUUGGACAAGAAGCAGCUCGCCACUUCGUGCGCUGCGGCGCCUCAACCGUGAUUAUCGCCUGCCGAACACGAUCGAAAGGCGAAGCUGCUCUGCGUGACAUCGAAGCCAGCACUAAGCGAACCGGUGUUCUGCAAGUGUGGGAACUAGAUUUGUCCUCCUACGCUAGCGUGAAAGCUUUUGCGAAGAAGUGCGAGAGCCUACCUUGUAUCGAUAUCGUGCUCGAAAAUGCAGGUAUCGCACAGGGCAAGUUCAAUGUUUUGGAGGGACAUGAGGCGCAUAUUACCGUGAAUGUCAUUUCGACGUUUAUGCUCGCGCUGCUUUUGCUGCCUAUCCUGCGCCGAUCAGCGGAGAUUCACAAGACGAAGCCGUAUCUCACGAUCGUUACGUCUGAGGUGCACCAUUGGACGCAGUUUCCGCAGAAGAACGCUGAGAGCAUCUUCGCAGAGCUAGACGACGAGAAGAAGGCAGAUAUGGCGGAUCGGUAUAAUGUCUCCAAGUUGAUGGAGAUCUUGCUCAUUCGACACAUGACCCAGGUCCUAAUCAAAGACAAGACGAAGUACCCCGUGGUCAUCAACUGCGUUACUCCUGGUCUUUGCAAGUCUGAGUUGGUCAAGGACUUGGGUUUGGCGCCGGUGGUGUUCAAAAAGCUGUUGGGUCGACCGCUGGAAGUCGGCAGUCGGUUGCUGGUGAAUGCGACUGCACUGCCCGACAGCCAGGGCGAAUAUAUCAUUGACGACCAUGUCUCCGAGCCGUCACCACUGGCGAGGAGUGCUGAGGGUGCCGAGCUUGGUAAGAGGAUCUGGAAGGAGUUGAGCGAGAUUCUGGAAAAAGCCAGUCCUGGUAUUACCAAGAACUUGUAGGGUAGAUUUUUCGGCGAUGUUUUCCUUUCGGUCUUUCCUUGUCUUUGGUUUGUGGGUGACAAAUACGAAAUCCCUAUUUCUACCAAAUACUUUUGAAUAAUGUAGCCUAGUGGCAUCUGCUGGAGUUCGUCUUGACCGCUCGAACUUAUAAAGACAGUGUUUACCUUUAGAACAAGUACUAGGAAUGGUAUAUGAACAGUUUGUAAAGCGCCGGUUGGUGAUGUUUCCGAAUGACAUCCCUCAUUUCCUUUUGGUUCUAAUAAACCAAAUUCCCAAUACCUGAUAUAAUUCCAGACCUGAUAUAGAACGCCGGCACCGGAUCAGUGUGAUCAUGACCUCCAUCUAUCUAAGAAGUACCUAGCCUUCUCAAGAA